CUGUUUAAAGGUGGGACACAUAAGCAAAGAAUGCAGAGGUCGCUUGAUCUGUACUGUCUGUCACCAACAACAUCCCAGUGUCCUGCACAUUGACAAGGAAACCACAAAAGCUUUCUCCAGAUGUCCACAGAAUUCUCUGAGAACCACGUCCACAAUGACUCAAACCUGUAGUCAUAUUAGGGUCUGUGAUGAAGAUAAUUCAAUUCUCUCUAUUGUUGCAGUUCAAGUUAGGAGUCCAAAAACCAACACAACUGUGCAGACAUAUGCAUUUCUGGACCCGGGCAGCACAGCAACAUUCUGCACAGAAAGUCUGGCCAGAAGGCUGCAACUGAAGGGCAAGAGAACAAGCAUUCAGCUGCAAACGAUGGGUCAUAAAGACAUUGUGAGUACAAACAUCAUCUCUGGACUGCAAGUAGCAGCGUUUGAUAAAAAUGAUUUCAUUGAGCUUCCAGAUGUCAUGACACAAAAACGAAUGCCUGUUUCAAAGCGAAAUGUUCCACAACAGGAGGACAUUAACCAGUGGCCAUACCUGCAAAGUAUCAAGCUCCACAACUUAGAUGCUGAUGUAGAUUUACUCAUUGGCACAGACGCACCUAAAGUAAUGGAGCCGUGGGAGCUGAUAAACAGCCAGGAUGAUGGCCCAUAUGCAGUUUGGACUCGAGUUGGAUGGGUCAUCAAUGGACCACUUAGGAGUGAAAGGAGAAAGACAGACUGUCAUGCUUUCACCGCAAACAGGAUUUCUGUACAAAAUCUGGAAACAAUGUUGAUUGAACAAUAUAAUCAUGAUUUCAAUGAAAAAACAUCCCAAGAACAGAUUGAAAUGUCCAGAGAAGAUAUCAAGUUUAUGGAUAUCAUGAACAAUACAGCACAUUUAAUCAAUGGACAUUAUUGCAUUGAUUUGCCUUUUAAGGCUGAAAAUUCCACCUUGCCAGUGAACCGCUGUAUUGCAGAGCAACGUCUUCAAAGCCUUAAAAGAAAGUUUGAUAAGAGCAUCACCUUCAAGAAAGACUACAUUGCAUUUAUGGAUGACAUGAUAUGUAAUGGAUAUGCUGAAGUUGUUCCAAGUGAUCGCUUAGUGGGCAGUGAGGGAAAAGUGUGGUAUAUACCCCACCAUGGUGUUUAUCACCCCAGAAAAGGCAAACUACGAGUUGUUUUUGAUUGUGCUGCAACAUUCAAGGGGACCUCACUGAAUUGCCAGCUGUUACAAGGACCAGAUCUGACCAACUCAGUUGUGGAAGUCCUUGUGCGCUUUAGACAAGAGCCAAUUGCCAUUAUGGCAGAUAUUCAAGCCAUGUUUCACCAGGUCUAUGUUCCAGAGAAACAUAGAGACUUUCUUCGCUUCCUCUGGUGGCCCAAUGGUAACACAUCACAAGUUCCACAAGAAUAUCGAAUGACAGUGCAUCUGUUUGGAGCAGUGUCCUCGCCGAGCUGUGCAAAUUAUGCAUUAAGAAGAACAGCAGAAGAUAAUGCUCAGCAAUUUCCAGCCGAAGUGGUCAGUACAAUUAAGCAUAAUUUCUAUGUGGAUGAUUGCCUGAAAUCUUUGCCUACAGCUGAUGAAGCAUCAAGAGGGAUGAAAGCGGAAGACUUUAUGGAGCAAAGUAAAUGGAUUAAUGGUCCUAAGUUCCUGCUUGAGUCUGAAGAUAAAUGGCCUAAACUGGAAGUAAGCAGUCAGCAGAAGAUGGAAACACCAAGCAGGAAAAGGUUUGGUCCAGAGAUCACCUCGAUCAAAGCCAACAGGAUUGUUUCUAAAGACAGCCAGCUGUACAGACUUGAUCCAGUGUUGGACAAUGGAGUCCUCAGAAGUGCAAAUGGCAGGCUGCAGCCACAGGUGCUGCUCAUCAGCGGUAAAUACCAGGAGCAUAAAAGGAUGCAAGAGUCAGGAGGUGCUGGAUCCUCACCCAGCUGCAACCGUGUUGCUGCGUCCUUAAGAAGAAACAAGUAA